UACUCCCGAAAGUCUCUUCCCCCCCCCCUGUUACAUUCUUUGUGGCUUUCUGCUGUUCUCAACUUCUCUUACGAACAUUCCCUUCUUCUUCUUUUCCUUUUUCUUUAACUUAAUAGUCUGCUCCGUCUAUUAAAGGUCAGGUUUUUUCAUUUAAUUUACUUUUUUUCUUUCUGGAUUGUAUUGGUUUAAAAAUUUCUUAAAGGGUUUUCUUUUGAGCUGAAAAUUAAGUAGGUCGGAGUGUGAUAAGUGGUUAGCCUUCGGUUGGCGGAUGCACGAGGUAUGUUUGAUUCUUACUGCCUAUUUGGCUCCUGAGAGAACAUCAGGUAAAGAAAAUUUUGUUUUCUUUAUUGUCUGUUUGCUGAUAUUAUCUUCUCCCUUUAUUCUGCUGAGUUUAGAAGAAAAAAAAAGGAAAUUGUAGACGAACUGAACAGCUCGAGUAGACUCAUUUCACUGUAAAUAUAUAUAUUUCUCUACGAAAUCUGAGUAUAAAGCCUCAAUAAUUGGUCUCUUUGGAUAAAAGAUAACCUGCAGAUCAUAAUCCCCCCCCCUUUCCUUUUUAUUGUGAAAUCCUACUUGAAAUUUGAUAAACUUUAUUUUCAUCUUUUGCACUAAAAUGAAAUUACUUUAUUUUCCUUUACUUUUAAGCUUCAUUGAAAGUGCUUGUGUGGAUCUGUGCUUGAAAUAGUGUUUGUUUCCUGGUGUUUAAAUUAAACUUAUUUGUUGUUUACUAAUGUUUUAAUUUCCAUCUUUGGUUUAAUUAAUAAUUGGAGACAUGAAUGCAAGCUAGGAAUUGUAGUACAAGCUAAGGUUAUAUAACAUGAAAACAGAAGGGAAACCACAUUUAAAGAAGCUUGCUGAUGUAAAAUGUCAAAGGGUGGAUGGGUCCAUUGUUUCUGGCUUGGAAGAAGCAACUCAAGUUGAGCAUUUACUUGCAGAACCUAAAAGUGAGCAUGUUUCAGUAGACGGAGUAUGUUUUGGGAAGGAAAACUUAGAGAAACACUUGAAAAUGGAGGACUUCUUCUCUUGCGCUCUUGAUUACAGAUGGAAAAUUAAUUGUGGUGAGCUCUAUAGUCAAGGAGGAGAUGAUUCGAAGCUUGAAGUUCUUGAUGGAUUGCUUGAUGAAGUGGAUGAUGUUCAAGCAGCCAAUGAUCUGUCUGCUGCAUGUAAAGGUUUUCAGUUGGGAUCAAAUUUGCGUAACUUGAAUUCACAAAGUCAUACCCCCAGGUUUAGUGGAAGUUGUAGCAGUGCUGGUUGCAUAUCAGAACCAUCAGUUGCUACUGUUAAAGAAUCCAACAGCCAGAAUGGUGUGCUCAAGAAGAUGGUAGGUCGUGAUUACAUCAUACCUUCAAGAGCAAAUUUGGUUGUCAGGCUCCAGUUAUGGACACUAUUCGGCCUACUAUAGAACAUAUGCAAAGUUUUUAUGAGCCUGAUGAUGAUGAAAAGCCUUUAGUAAGUUUCAUAUUGUCUACUAAGAAUGUAAAAAGCUCUGUUGAAGUAAUAAAAGGUGGCACCCUUUUAAGACAGAAGCGACUGAGGAAGCCUACUAGUAGGUAUAUUGAAGAGUUUUCUAGAAAUUCUACUAC